ACCGCCGUUUGUACUCUCAAAGGCUUCCGCUUGGACUAUGUCCCCUUGAACAGAACACUCUUCCACUCAGGACGCCAUGUCAUGUCCUCCAUACACUGGCACGACAUCCUCGUCUCCGACUACCUCUUAGCAUUGCUCAUCCCCCUCGUCCUCUUCGUUCUAACCCUCCAGAUCCUCGGCAGCCCACGAGACCUCCCCGACAUAAUCUUUGGGUACCGAAAUGCACGUGCGGACGCCGUCGGCCACUUCUCUGUACAACGCGCAGCGGCGUCCUACGGCCAGUACGCGCAGCUCUCGCGCUCAGAGCUUGCGACGAUGCGCAAGUCGUACGGUCGCAUGAGCUGGGCGCACAGGCGCAUCGGGUACGAGCUGGGGUACACGCAGAAGCUUGCCCGCCUUGAAAUGUCCAUCGAUACGAACGCCAUCGUCUCCGAAGCCAUAGCGAAUCUCGCUCGGGAAGAGUUCGCGGAUGAGCUCUCUCAUGAGCAGCAUGGGAUUUCAGGCGACAUCGGAAGGGUGCGCGAGUCGCUGAAGCACUUUGUGCGCGACUGGAGCGAUGAGGGGCGCACAGAGCGCGAGAAGAUAUUCCGGCCGAUACUGGACGUUCUGCGCGAUGUGCCUGGGGAGAAGCGUCGCGACAUGCAGGUGCUUGUGCCCGGUGCAGGUCUGGGCCGACUUGCUUGGGAGAUAUCUGAGCUCGGCUAUCCAACAACGGCGAAUGAGCUCUCGUUCUUCAUGAACCUUGCUCUGCGAUUCCUCCUCUCGCCAGAGCACACGCGCGGUCCGAACCAGCACGUCCUCCAGCCGUACGCGAGCUGGUUCUCGCAUCAGCGUGUCACAGACACACUUUUCCGCAAGAUCUCUUUCCCCGAUGCUGUACCUCGUCUCUCGGACAACUUCGUAUUGGCAGAGCGCGACUUCCUGUCUCUGCGUGUACCGAAGGCAACGCAGGGAUAUGACAUCGUCGUCACCCUCUUCUUCAUCGACACUUCACUGAAUGCCAUCGAGACCCUCGAACAUAUCUACGCGGUCCUCCGUCCUGGCGGCAAGUGGAUCAACUUGGGGCCCCUUCUGUGGACCGGCGGCGGCCAGGCGGCGGUAGAGCUGAGUCUCGAGGAGGUGCUGAAGCUCGCGGAGACAGUUGGAUUUGACGUGAGUGGAGAGGACGCGCCGGAGCUUACCAGGCGGCGGACGGUGGAGUGCGAGUACACGGCAGACAAGGCGGCGAUGAUGAGGUGGCUGUACCAGGCGGAGUUCUGGGUUGCUACAAAAAAGCUUUGAGCUCGAUCGUCGCACUAUGCAACUUGCACGAAGAUUGGAUCUAACUGUGUAAUGACCUCACUGCCUCGUUCUCGAUGGCGACCUCCGUCAGUGCAAAAUGCGAGGUGCGGGACAGAACUCGUCUGCUCUGCAAAGGUCACCAAGCAUAGACCGUUGCGAAAUCUUCGCAGUCGCACAUACAGUCUUUAACCGGUCCUUCGGACACCAUGGGUCCCUCGGACGCUCCCUCAUUCCUGCGUCCCCUUCGGCUCCCUCUUCAAUUCUGUGUAUCUCAAUGUCAUCCUAUGGCAUAUAGUACACUAUUUGUCGAUUUUCGUGUGCUCGCGUGGUCUAUACAAGAAUAUAAAUUAAC